UUUUUUAAUCUUUAUUGGCAAAUUGUCAUCGAUCUAUCUAUCUAUCUAUCGAGAGAGACAGAGAGAGAGAGAGAGAGAGAGACAGAGAGAGCGAGAGAGAGAGCGAUAAAUCAAUACAUGCGAAUACUAGAUUCGCCACCGCCCUGUAGCAGCCAGGCCAACUUAACGUGCCUACGGGGCGGCCAUGUUGAGGAGGGCAACGUCGUCAUCGAAGCUCAAUGAAGAAUCCCGAGUACUCCUUCAUCAUCUGGAACUUCAACGACGGCCGCGAGCAGACUCACGUGGCCACCGCGGGCCGCGCCGGAAUCAGGGUGAACGAGCCCUACGCGGGGCGCGCGUCCGUGGACGCCACCAGCGGCGCGCUGCGGCUGAGCGCGCUCACGACGGACGACAGCGGAGACUUCAGCGUCAGCGUCGUGAGCGCGGACGGCGAGACCGAGAUCGCCGAGAUACAGCUGCGCGUGCUGGAGCCGGUGUCGGGCGUGCUGGUGAGCGCUGACGCGGCCGAGGCGGUGGAGCACAACAGCACGCUGGUCCUGACCUGCGCCGCCAACGGCUCCUUCCUCCGGUUCACCUGGCUCAACGAGACCCGGCCCGUCGUCGCCUCCGACAGCGAGCGGCUGUCCGUCGAGGAGAGCGAGGCGAGCAGUCGACUGACCAUCGCGGGCGUCCUGCGCACCGACCUGGCGCGACCGAUUUUCUGCAGCGCCGCCAACCAGCUGGAGACGGAGAAGAGCGCCCCCUUCACCCUGCCCGUCCACUACGGUCCGGACGAGGUCACCGUCACGGCCUCCGACCCGUCCCGGUUCGUCCGGGCCGACUCCGACUUCAACCUGACGUGCGCGACGCGCUCCAGCCCGGCGGCCGCCUUCACGUGGUACCAGAACGAGACCCUGAUGGACUCCGCCGGGCCCGUGCUGCCGCUCGAGGCCGUGCGGCGGCGCCCCCUGUGGCGAGAGAUGAGCCGGUACACGUGCAGAGCCGCCAACGCCGAGACCGAGCGAGUCGUCGCCUCGCCCGCCGUCUCCUUCGCGGUCGUGGAAGCGCUGUCGGGCGUGCAAUUGAGCGGCCCGGCCGUCGGCGCCGUCCUCCUGGCCGGCGAGGACUCGGCCAACCUAAGCUGCCGGGCGGCGGCGGGCGCCGUCGACGAAAGGACGUGGCUGAAGGACGGCCGGCCCCCGGCGAUCGACGGCGGGCGCGUGACCGCGGCGCCCGACGGCUCCUGGAUCAGCUUGGCGCCGCUGCGCGAGGACGACAACGGGCGCUACGAGUGCCGCCUCGCCAACGCCGUCAGCGAGCAGAAAGCGGCGUACGAGCUGGUCGUCAACUACGGUCCCGAGGCGGCCACGGUGAACGGCGAGAGCGCGGUGGAGCUGCGCGACGCCGUCACCCUCCGCUGCACGGCCGCGUCCGUCCCGCCCGCCAACUUCACUUGGAAGUUCAACGGGACGCUGACCGACGUCAAGACGCCCACGUACGCCAUCGCCGAGGCCGUGUACAAGAACACGGGCGCGUACACGUGCCAGGCGCGCAACGUCGUCACCGGCAAGAACGUCUCGUCCACGCACAACCUGUCCGUCAAAGAGGAGGGCGCGCUGGAUGAAGGCCUGUCGGACGGCGCCAUCGCGGGAAUCAUCAUCGGCAUCCUGGCCGCCUUGGGCGUGGCCAUCGGCGUCGUCGUGUACUGCAGACAGAAAGUUCCGGUGGAGUCACCGUACUAGUGAACUUCGUGCACGCGGCCGGAGCUUCCAGUCCAACCGUCAAACUUGCGGCGUCUCCACGCGGGAGGCUGCAUUUCGGAUCUGCCACGCUGGCCACGACGCGGACUUCUGUUUGUCUGGUCCGUUGCGGCGAUCUCCUUCGCUGUCCGUUGUCUUUUGUUUGUCGCCUUCAACAUGACCGCCUCCCCCACCUGACCGCCUUGUCUCCGCCCCGCCCGCCCGCCCGCCCGCCCGCCCGCCGCUUCCCGCUGCCACGAGCUCUUCGCUGAGCCGCAUACCAACAGCUUUGCUGACUGCUGGAAACCUGACACACACACACACACACACACACACGCACACACACACGCUGUGUGUCGUGGGUGGAGUUUGAAGUUUGUCGACAUUCCGUCUGUUGACUUUUUUUUUUUUUUUUUUGCCUCCACAUCCGACUUGAAUUGCGACAUCUGACUAACAAAAAGUUCAAAAUGUUCCUUAGAAUUCGUGCAACAAGCUGAGAUCCUUCCAUGUAAUUCCGCUGUUCUCCUUGAGGGGCAGCACUCAGUCAAACUAAUCAAAGUGGUCAAAAGCAAAGUGCGUACAGUGACACGUGCGGGCGCCAUUUUGUCACCCAACCUGACCGUGUUUUUUUUUUUCUCGAAACGUUCACCGUCUUUUUUCAACGUAAGCGGUCACCGCGCAGCCACCGUGAUGUUUAGGUUUGAUUCCUUUAGCUUUUGUACAUAUCGACGUUUUAAAUGACUUCAGGUUAGUGUGUGCGUCUUUUUGUGUGGGCACUGAAGUAUUUAUUGUGUGAAAAGUGGAGUUAUUGGUCACCGCAGGUCACACGCUAGCUCGUCAGUACGAUGUCAUUUUGUCAUGUGACCUGUCAAUCAACAUCCGUGCCGCCUCUCGUGUAGCGUCAUGCUAAGUGUGGCUAGCUUCCAUCAGUUUAUUUUUCUUUUUUUUAUGGCUUUGAACACGCAAAAUGUCUGCGUUUUUAGUUCUGUCUACUUGUGGGUAAAAGAGAAUAAAGAAGUUGUUCCCCACUUUGACACUAA